UGUUCCAUGCCUCUGCCUGCUCCUAGCCCUUGGCCUGUGCUGCUGGAUCAGGGCCCUGAAUGAUGGGAGUGGAGAACAGUAAGACUGGGAGGUACCCAUAUCUGCUUGUCUGGGACAGGGUGACCCUGCUUGGAGCCCUGCCGUGCCCGUGGUGCUGCCUGCCCUGCCCAAGAAUGCUCUCGGCGGUGGUGCUGCCCAGCUGGGUCCUUGCCUACAGCUGGCAGCCCUGGGAGGAGUGGGAAGCGUUUGAGUAGUAACAGCCAUGCUGCUCUUUUGCCUCCUGGACUUCGUCAUGGGGCUUUUGACCAGCUGAGCUUCACUGAGGAGAAGACAAGAUGUUGGGGGAAAAAAUGACCAGUUUUGGGAAGAAGCUGAUCCGCCGGCGCAUGGUGGAUCUGAGCUCCGAUGAGACACAUUUUGCUCGUUGCCUCUCUACACUGGACCUUAUAUCCUUGGGUGUGGGCAGCACCCUAGGGGCUGGUGUGUAUGUGAUGGCCGGUGAGGUAGCCAAGGAGGUAGCCGGUCCUUCUAUCAUCAUUUGCUUCCUGGUAGCUGCUUUCUCAUCCAUACUGGCUGGACUGUGCUAUGCAGAGUUUGGGGCCCGUGUCCCCAAGGCCGGCUCUGCCUACCUCUACAGCUACGUUACCGUUGGUGAGAUCUGGGCUUUUAUAGCCGGGUGGAACCUCAUUCUCUCCUACGUGAUAGGUACGGCCAGUGUGGCUCGAGCCUGGAGUGCAGCAUUUGACAACAUCAUUGGCAACCACAUCUCCACCUUCUUCGCCGGCAAGAUCUCAAUGCACCUGCCUGGAGUGCUGGCCCAGCAUCCAGACUUCUUUGCUUUAAUCCUGAUUUUGCUGCUUACUGUGCUGCUGGCUUUUGGUGUCAGCGAAUCUGCCCUCGUGAACAAAAUCUUCACAGCGGUGAACCUGUUGGUGCUGAGCUUUGUUAUCAUUGCUGGCUUCAUCAAGGGAGACAUCAAGAACUGGCAACUUUCAGAGGAGAACUGUGUCAAUUGCUCUCUGCUGGACUCACCAGAUGACGUAAAAAAAGUUUUUGGCUAUGGUGGGUUUUUCCCCUUUGGACUGGAAGGGGUCCUGACCGGCGCUGCCACCUGUUUCUACGCCUUUGUGGGCUUUGACUGCAUUGCCACCACAGGGGAGGAAGCCAAGAACCCACAGCGCUCGAUUCCCAUUGGCAUCAUUGUGUCCCUCCUCAUCUGCUUUGUGGCUUAUUGUGGCGUCUCUGCGUCCCUGACUCUCAUGGUGCCCUACUUCCUCCUGAACAAGAACAGCCCUCUGCCUGAGGCUUUCAAGGAAGUUGGUUGGGAGCCUGCCCGCUACGCCGUUGCUGUUGGCUCACUCUGUGCCCUCUCCACCAGCUUGCUGGGCUCCAUGUUUCCCAUGCCCCGAGUGAUCCAUGCCAUGGCAGAAGAUGGGCUGCUCUUCAAGUUCCUCUCCCGGAUCCACAGUGGCAGAAAGACCCCUAUGGUUGCCACCUUUGUCUCAGGGUCCUUUGCAGCGGUGUUUGCCCUCCUCCUUGACCUGAAGGACCUGGUGGACCUCAUGUCGAUCGGCACGCUGCUGGCCUACUCCCUGGUGGCGAUGUGCGUGCUCAUCCUCCGGUACCAGCCCAGACAGCCGAACUCCCCGAAGGCCGUGGAAAUGUUGGAGCUGAAUGGGAACAAGGAGGAGAGAGUGAUCAUGAACCCGACCAUCGCUGCUGCCAGUGCCCAGCACAAAGAGAUGUUGUCCCUGGCGAUGCUCUUCAACCCCCCUGGGGACACCCCCACUGUGCUCUCGGGGCGCAUUGUCUAUGUCUGUGUCGCUGUCAUUGCCGCACUGAUCACAAUCAUCUGCGUGGUCCUGACCCUCAAUGUGGCUGCGCUGAAGGAUGCCAAUGUGGUCUGUGUUGUCGUUCUGGUGCUGCUCAUCGUGACUCUGCUCAUUUUCACCAUCAUCAUUUGGAGGCAGCCGCAGAGCAAUGCACAGUUAAACUUCAAAGUACCUUUCCUCCCACUGCUGCCAAUCUUCAGCACCUUUGUUAACAUCCUGCUGAUGGUACAGCUGAAUGAGGGCACCUGGGCGCGGUUUGCUGUCUGCAUGGUGUUGGGUUUUAUUAUUUACUUCACCUAUGGGAUUUGGAACAGCGUGGAAGGGAGGAACGCAGAAGAAGCCUGUGCCACGGUAGAAAAGCCUCUGCACCAUCCUGGACUGGACUCCAGCCCUGAGGCUGCUGCAGUCUGAGGGCCUGGGGACCAGUGCUACAUGGACCUCUUUGCCACUUUGGGACAAGAUGACAAUCCAGAGAGUAUAUCAUCCAUCCCCUCUCCUGCAGAGAGUGAGUCCCAGGGUGAAAUACUUAAGGCCUGAACAACAGGCCCUGAGCCAAAGCUGACCUUGGAUGAACAUUCCAGCCAAAUGUUGGAUGUUUCCUCUCAUUAACGAUGUAUUGUUAUAUGUUUCUUUAUUGGCAAGAUGUGUUUAUCUUUCUGUAUCUAGAAACCGGAUAAGGCCACAUCUAGCUUAAUUAGGUGUAGGAUCAAAGACAAAUCCCUUGGCUCCUCCUUGAGCCCUGGCCAGGCUUUGGGAGAAAGCUGGCAGGAAAAUGAAAUUAUAAACUAUGUCAGCUGGUUUAUUUAGCAGUGUAAAGGCUGGAGCACUAUCACAGCAAAGUGAGGGAGCCUCGUGCCUGCAAAGGGGGAGGCACUGCAGGAGUUCCCAGUUACUGCCGUGGUUCUCCAGUCCUUGGUUGUGACAGCUUUCCCCCACAGCUGACCCUAGGACAGACUUGGAUGAUGUAUCUUCACUGGGGUAACAUGGGGUAACAUGAUUUAUCUUUCUUAAUCACUGUAGGCAUUCUUUUGUAACAAUGAUUAGCCUUGCUCAGCUUAUUCCUUUGUAAUUCUUUGCUCAUGGUUAGGUGCCUUGCUUAGCUUAUCCUUUCGUGAUUCUCUGCAGUUUUAUAUCAUGGUAAAUGCCACUGUUCCUUAAGUUGGUGUUGGUGUCUCUGACCCUACCCACCAGCAAAACAAAAUCAGCGUAGUCAGCAUAGUAAGAACGAACUGUUGCUUUUAAAAUCUAAAAGAAUUAUUCCUGCCUGAAAUUCCCAGAUGGGAAGACCGUCCGUUUAGUUCACUGGCCCUCAAGUGGGCUAUGGUUGGAGGACCAUGUGAGCAAUGGGGAAGUCAGUUAAAAGAAGCUGAACUGCUGGAUGUAUUGAAAUGUAUCCAAAAAUGGCAUACUGGAAAAGAACCUGUGGGUUUGGGAAGGCACGGAUGGAUUUCGUUAACAGUAUAUCAAACAAAACACCAACAGAAGGAACAGUUGUUGAAAUGCUAUAACAUAGAGCGACAGAUGUGCGUUACAGAAUGAAAUUGUAAUGCUAAAGUGCCAAAAUAAGCUGCUUACUGAUAAGUUGGAUUUACCAGACUUGCUGAGAAGGCUGCAGUUAGAGUAGGUCAGUAUAAGGAAAGGAGGGGGCAAGUGAAUCACAAGAAAAUGCAUGCAGUGAUUGCAGAGGCAGGUGUGCAGUGGAAUCCUGAUAAAUGGAAUGGAGAUAUUUGGGAUUCUGUGGAUUCUGAUGAUGUUGGUUCCCCAGAUGAAUUUGUAGAUGUGAGACUGGCAUGGAGAUAUGAAAGGUGGAGUUAGCUGCUAAGGGUCUGCAGGUCAGGAGGGAUACUCACGGAGGUAAAUGAAAUAUUUGAUCAGUUUAAGCAAAGACUGGGGAACCUCUUUUGUCUUUGAUGUGUGCUUGCAUGAUCAGGGAGCAUUAGGGGCAACCCUAGGCUCAGAGGACUCUAAGAAGUUUUAGUUUUGAGCUCGGAUUCUUUUGUGCAGGAUGCAUUUUGGAAUAACAUUCACGAUACUAAUUUAUUUUACCCUACAGAAAAUUACUGGCCAGUAUCAGAAAGUCAGAGAUUAGUGAGAUUGUAUACAACCAGAUGCAUUAAGAACCUCUUGUGAUUUUUGUAUUUGAAGAUAACGUUACUUGAAGAUACAAGUAGUCACUCCAAUAUUUGUGCCUGUAACUUUUUGCAGUGACAGGAUUUUAGUUAUUUAUUUUUUGUUUAUAUUUUUUUUAAAUUAAGUGGGUUUUUUUAGUUUUUUACCUCCUGUUAUAUCCUGUCAAUGUUUAGAAUCUUCACUAUACCCCGAUUCAAGACUUGCAGCCUACUCCCAUUGGUAAAGGAACUGUAACAACAUACAGACCUGAGGCUUGCUGAAACACGCCUGGGAGAAUGGACAAGAGACUGUGAUUGCUGUCCAUCUCCCGUGGCAUGGCAGAAAUCCAUCAUGUGAUGGAGUGGGUGAAGAAGGAUGGAGAACAUAGAUGGCAGGAUCUCUUUUUGGAUGGCUUGCCUAGAGCUACCAGAAUUCUCAAAUGAGCGCUUCACCCUGGUGUCGUUUUAUUGAUACUAAUCCUUUUGCUUUUUGUUCUGAUAAUUGCAUUGUAUGUUAAGGUUUGGAUGAUUAUGAAACAACCAGCUUACCAACUACCUCCACUGAUAGUAGACAAUCCAUGUGGUACCAAAACAUGAAACAUUCUCAAGCUCUAUUUAGAUAAUGUGAAGCUUGUCUGACUGUCGUCACAGGGUGUACGAUGUAGGGAAAUGAUUGUGAACUCUGUGGACAGAUAACUGGGGGUACAAUUAGAGGAAACUGAGGACUUAGAACAGUAUGGAAAUUAUAGGGUGGGUGUUAACACUAUUCUGUAAUAUGAUGUCUUUGUCUCUGACCCUACCUCUGGUAAAACUGAGUCAGGAUUGCAGAGCUGGGUCACGUGCUGUCUCUUGCCCUCACAGGGAAAUCCCGUGGCUGGUUGGGAAUGCUGGUGGCCCAUGGCUGGUCUCUGCCCUCCUCCAGUCCCACAGAGGGGCAGUGACACCAGCACAGCCCUCCAGCUGUGAAAGUUGCUUUCCCCGUGCACAGCUGCCCCCACACGAUGGUGCAGCUGUACUCACUCCAUCUGUCACGGGGCCGUGUUCACCACCUCCUCCCUGCUUUCCAAGUGCCAGACUCGUACAUGGCAGCCACGGCUGGAGCUCUACAGGCAGGCUUAGUGCAGCUUGUCUUGGUACUUGUGGCACUGCCAGCAAACUGGUACUGCCCUGACCGUGCUGUUUUGGUGGAAAUAUCUUGCUCAAGUGUCUGUGAGGUGUCCUCGGUGUGGCUGUAUUUGUGUCCAACCUCAUUUGCCUUUCUAUAAUUUCGAA